GGAAUCCGUCUCCGUCUCCGCAGCCUCGUUUUCCCUGCGCUCCAGGUUCACGCACCACCAUGAACGGGCAGCCCCCCGGCUUCCGCGAGGAGGACACCUUCCUACACACCUCAGAGUCCGUGGGGGAAGGCCACCCAGAUAAGAUUUGUGACCAGAUCAGUGAUGCUGUCCUUGACGCCCACCUUCAGCAGGACCCCGAGGCCAAAGUGGCUUGUGAAACUUACAUUGAAGCUGGAAUGAUUCUUCUUGUUGGGGAAAUUACAUCCAGAGCUGCUGUUGACUACCAAAAAGUGGUUCGUGAAACCAUUAAGCACAUUGGCUAUGAUGAUUCUUCCAAAGGGUUUGACUACAAGACUUGUAAUGUUCAGGUAGCUUUGGAACAACAGUCCCCAGAUAUAGCUCAAGGGGUUCACCUUCACCGGAACGAGGAGGAGAUAGGUGGAGGAGACCAGGGCAUGAUGUAUGGUUAUGCCACUGAUGAAACGGAGGAAUGUAUGCCUUUAACCCUUGUCUUAGCCCACCAGCUCAAUGCCAAACUUGCUGAACUACGUCGCAAUGGCACCUUACCUUGGUUAUGCCCAGAUUCUAAAACUCAGGUGACUGUGCAGUACAUGCAGGAUCGAGGUGCUAUGCUGCCCAUCAGAGUCCACGCAAUUGGUAUAUCUGUUCAGCACGAUGAAGAUGUUUCUCUGGAUGAGAUGAGGGAGGCCCUGAAGGAGAAAGUCAUUAAAGCCGUUGUUCCUACAAAGUAUCUUGAUGAGGACACAAUCUACCACCUACAGCCUAGUGGCAGAUUUGUUACUGGGGGCCCUCAGGCUAGCGCUGGUUUGACUGGCCGGAAGAUCAUUGUGGACACUUACGGAGGCUGGGGAGAUCACGGAGGAGGCGCCUUUUCAGGAAAGGAUUGUACCAAGGUGGACCGCUCAGCUGCUUAUGCUGCCCGUUGGGUGGCAAAGUCCCUCGUCAAAGGAGGCCUGUGCCGAAGGGUUCUCGUGGAGGUCUCUUAUGCUAUUGGAGUUGCUCACCCAUUAUCGAUUUCCAUUUCCCAUUACGGCACCUCUCAGAAGAGUGUGAGAGAGCUAGUAGAUAUAGUGAAGAAGAAUUUUGACCUCCGCCCUGGAGUCAUUGUCAGGGAUCUGGAUCUGAAGAAGCCAAUUUAUCAGAGGACUGCAGUCUAUGGCCACUUUGGCAGGGAAGGCCUCCCCUGGGAAGUGCCCCAAAAGCUUAAAUAUUAAAAAGUGUUAGCCUUUUCUUCCCAGACUUGCUGGCGUGGGCUACAGAGAAGCCUGCAAGCUCUGAGGGAAAGACCGCCCCCCCUUCCUAUGCUUUUCCUGUCCUCCGUCAGCCCCUCGUCACCUGCUGCCCCUCUGUGAUCCGUGAUGUGAAUUGUCCUCUGGUGGGGCCUGGCUGUGAUUUGGCUUGCUCUGUCCCUGGUGUGUGUUCACCAUGAAAAUGCGUUUAGUGAGCACAGGUGAUCCUUGUCAAUGCAAUUAGGAUGUUAGAAGGUUGAGUGGCAGGGAGGGAGGAGGAAAUCCCUUCAUAAUCUCCUCAUUGCUUAUUUAUUGUACUGGGGGUAUGGCUUAAGUACAGAGAAGCCCUCACCUCAGAUGGGAGAUUCUUAAAAGAUCUUUCCCCCCCUCAACACCAGGAUUCCUUUAACAACAUGCUUCCAGCAUUCCCAGGUAGGCCGAGGUGUCCUACAGAAAAGCCUUGGGUUAGACCUACAGGGGUCUGCUGGUGUUCACCGAAGGGAGGGCAGAGCUGGGGCAGCUGGCCAUGGAGAGGCUGACUUGGCCGGUGUGCUACAGAGAAGCCAGCUUGUUGACAUGCUCCUCCAUUGACUCCUUGUCCUAAGCAGACAGAGCCUCAGGAUCUGCUCUGGGAGGUGUAUUACGUAUGUCUCGUUCUCAAUUGCAGCAGUUUAAUGAAGGUCAAAUAAAAUGCUAGGCUCUA